CACACACACACACACACACACACACACACACACACACACACACACACACACACACACACACACACACACACACACACACACACACACACACACACACACACACACACACACACACACACACACACACACACACACAUGCACACGCAUGCGUCCAGACAGGCGGUAUUAUCUUGGGAGAAAGGGGACCAGCCCUGGCCAGACUGCACAAAUCUACCAUCUUAAAUCUGGGCCCCCGCCUGUGUGUGUGUGUGUGUGUGUGUGUGUGUGUGUGUGUGUGUGUGUGUGUGUGUGUGUGUGUGUGUGUGUGUGUGUGUGUGUGUGUGUGUGUGUGUGUGUGUGUGUGUGUGUGUCGGUGUGUGUGCGUGUGUGUGCGUGUGUUUCUGUGUGUGUGUGUGUGUGUGUGUGUGUGUGUGUGUGUGUGUGUGUGUGUGUGUGUGUGUGUGUGUGUGUGUGUGUGUGUGUUUGUUCCACAUGUGUUUGUGCGUGUCUGAGCGUGGUCACUGCACUAUGCAAUUGUUACACCGUGCAGUGAUCGUGGGCGGUUCCGCCGGUUGGUUGGUGUGUGUGUGUGUGUGUGUGUGUGUGUGUGUGCGUGUGCGUGUGCGUGUGCGUGUGCGUGUGCGUGUGCGUGUGUGUGUGUGUGUGUGUGUGUGUGUGUGUGUGUGUGUGUGUGUGUGUGUGUGUGUGUGUGUGUGUGUGUGUGUGUGUGGCUCCGAAGGUCCGUGGGAAAGAAUCGCAUCGAUGAGAACACGGUCAGUUGUCCAGUCCACUGUGUAGACUACCUGUCCCUGGGUGCUGCUCUAAACACACCGCAGAGAACCGGGCAGGAAUAAACAGUUUGCUUGUUUUGGACUUUGGAGACAUUGAAGUCACUGCAUGCUGCAUCAGAAGGAAUUUAAGCGGAGGAUUCAAAAUAUUAUUAUACUUAACUCUCGUGAGGAAUUCGGCGGAUCCACUGUUUUUAGAAAGUAAAAGCGUCCCGCCUCGUCCCUGGAGGAGAGAGGAGCCCCCCUGAGGAGAGAGAGGAGCCCCCCUGAGAGGAAAGGAGCCCCCGUUCUGAGCCAUGAAGCGACCGUGCGAGGAAAGCAGCUCCGGGGACAGCGACGCCGACGGGACCAUCGAUGUGGGCAGCAACAGCGGUUAUCCCCGACACGUGAAUGUGUCUUUUCUCAGAUGUGGAUCCCCGAACAACCCCACACAAACCCUGGCGAGGAAAAAACGAAGAGGGAUUAUCGAGAAGAGGCGCAGGGACCGGAUUAACUACAGCCUUUCGGAGUUGAGGAGGCUUGUUCCCACCGCCUUCGAGAAACAGGGCUCGGCCAAGCUGGAGAAGGCGGAGAUCCUGCAGAUGACGGUGGACCACCUGAAGAUGCUUCAGGCCAGCGGGGGGAAAGGUUAUUUCGACGGCCACGCCCUGGCCCUGGACUUCCUGUCCCUGGGCUUCAGGGAGUGUGUGUCCGAGGCCUCCCGCUUCCUGGGCUCCGUGGAGGGCCUGGAGCCCAGCGAGCCCCUGCGCCUGCGCCUCCUGUCCCACCUCUCCUCCUGCGCCUCCCACCGCGACGCCGCCGCCAUGACCCUCCUGGCCCCUCCUCUGCCCCCCCCGACGCCCCCCCCGCCGCACCACCACAACCACCACAACUACCACCACCACCAUCACCCGGCCCCGCCCUUCCCCUGGACCGCAGCGGCGGCCGCCGCCGCCAUCGCCACGGCAACCGCCUUCCACUCCUUCCCCCCCCCCACCGCGUUCGGACUGAGCGUGCUCCCCGGCGGUGGGGCGGCGGGAGGAGAAGGAGGAGGUGCAGGGAGGGGCUGUGGCGGUUUCGCCCCCCACAGGAUGGGGGAGGUGUUGCAGCGUAGCCCGUCGGUCUCCACGCUAAGGUCCUUCUCCUCCUCCUCCUCCUCCUCCUCCUCCGACGUCACCUCCACCUCCUCGCCCUCCGUCUCCUCCUCUACCUCCUCCCUCAGAAGCUCCAGCCUGCUCUGUUGCACCUCCUCAUCCAGCAGCUCCAGCUCUCUGCUGCCCCUCUCCCCGGUGGUACAGCCCUCACCCCUCCUGCUCUCUGGCGGGUUCAACCACGUCGCCUCCUCCCUCCCCCCUUCCUCCCUCUCCUCCCACAGCCCCCCCAUCUCCUCCACUUCCUCUUCCUCCACCCCCCUCACCUCCUCCGCCCAGUGCAAGCACUACAGACCUUGGGGGAGAGAGGUUGGCGCAUGCUGACCCCCCACACACACUUUACUGGCUACUAGCAUCCCCUAGCUAGCUAGUUUAGCUCAAUAAUCUCAUUUAUAUGACUACAUUCUAAGACUUACUGACUGUUUUAUCUGGCUGGUUUAAAAACUGCUACCUACCAAACCGCCUUACUUUGCUGGAUUUAUAACAGCUGGUUUGUAAUCGCAUUGAUUAACCAGGAAUAACACUGAAUGACUGUUGUUGAAUUUUUUUACACACCUGCUAAUUUUUAUGGCUCAACAGAUAUUAUUCACAAGCAGUUUGAGUGACUCUGGCGUUAGCACUGAGGUUUACCAGUACAAAUAUUAAAUAUAUUUGAUAUGUUCUUAUAAUUUUGUUGUUUUUCAAAUCUCUAGGUGGAAAUAUUUUUUUCAUUUUCUUCACAAACAUUUAUAAUUUUCAGUCGAACUGCAAACAGGGAUGUUCGAAGAUUUUUUCAAUUUAAUUUGAGUUUAUAUCGAAUGUGUUAUGGUGAGAUGAAAGACGUUACAACUCAUUAAAUCAUGCUUACUAAUGUCUAAAAAA